AUGGUCAGCCAUCAAUCAGGGAACAAGUCCAAUGUCAAUUUGCCCUCCUAUGUCUUUUGUUCCCCAGAUCAGGUUCAGUAUUAUGCUGAAGAAACACGCAAAGGAAUGUAUGCUCUCUAUGAGGGGGAGAUUUUUUGGCGAGAUAGACAACCCUACCUCGACGAGCAUGGCUAUUCCCUACGGCCCCGAUAUCAUCCAAACUGGACUCCAUCGUGGCAAGAAACCAAUCUCGAUCCCGUAUUCUGUGAAGAUUCGAUAGCUUUGAGGAUAGAUGUUGUUAUCGACGCAACACGGAAGGCAGAUGGAAAGUUGGUUUCCAUCAAGACAGUAAAACGAAACGGUGGCGAAGUCCGUAUCGCGAGCUAUCUCUCGAGACCCGAUGUCUCCUCGCAUCCUUUGAACCGCUGCGUGCGCAUAUUGGAUGUCUUCGCAGAUCCCUUUGACCAGGAUGCGGCAUUCAUGGUCAUGCCUUAUCUUCGUCCUUUUGAUGAUCCGGACUUUGGUGCGAUCGGUGAAGUCACUGAAUUUGUUCGGGAGACACUGGAGGGACUGACCUUUCUCCACAGUCAACGCGUCGCACAUCGAGAUUGUGCAGCCGCUAAUAUCAUGAUGGACGGCGCACCGUUGUAUCCACAAGGUCACCAUCCGGUGCGUCGCGAAAGCAGCCCAGACGGUAUCUAUCUCCUUUCACCACUGUCUCGCAUCGACCAUCCGGUGCGAUACUACUUCAUCGACUUUGGCAUCUCCUCUCUGUUCGAGGAGGGCGAAUCGCCGUUCGUUGUCGGGAGGAAGGGACGAGAUAAGGAACUUCCGGAAUUAUCAGAUGAUGUUCCUUACAAUGCAUACAAGGUUGACAUAUUUAUCCUUGGUAAUCUGUACAAAAAGGACUUCUUGCAGAAAUACUACGGUCUCGAGUUUCUUGACCCAUUGAUAAGAGCUAUGACAGCACGAGAUCCGGCGCACCGUCCUGACGCAGAAGUCGCAUUGACAAUAUAUCACGACAUUCGUCGCGGGCUGAAUCCUCCUCUUCUACGCUGGCGGCUUCGUCCGCGAGACGAAUCGGCGCCUGAACGCAUCCUCUACGACUCUGUCGCUGCCGCACGGGAAGGUAUAUACCGCCUGAAGCAUAUCGUCGGUUAG